AUGACGACUUCGCUGCUCCUGCAUCCGCGCUGGCCGGAGAGCCUUAUGUACGUCUAUGAGGACAGCGCGGCGGAGAGCGGCGGCGGCGGCGGCGGCGGCGGCGGCGGCGGUGGCGGCGGUGGCGCGGGUGGAGCAGGGGGCGGCUGCAGCGGAGCGAGCCCCGGCAAAGCCCCGAGCAUGGACGGUCUGGGCAGCAGCUGCCCGGCCAGCCACUGCCGCGACCUGCUUCCGCACGCAGUGCUGGGCCGCCCGCCGGCUUCUCUGGGCGCCCCUCAGGGCGCCGUCUACACGGACAUCCCGGCCCCGGAGGCGGCGCGCCAAUGUGCUCCGCCGCCGGCACCCCCCACCUCGUCCAGCGCCACCCUGGGCUACGGCUACCCAUUCGGUGGCAGCUACUAUGGCUGCCGCCUGUCGCACAACGUGAACCUGCAGCAGAAGCCUUGCGCUUACCACCCGGGCGAUAAGUACCCGGAGCCGUCGGGCGCCCUGCCCGGUGACGACCUGUCCUCCCGGGCCAAGGAGUUCGCCUUCUACCCCAGCUUCGCCAGCUCCUACCAAGCGAUGCCCGGCUACCUGGACGUGUCGGUGGUGCCCGGGAUCAGCGGGCACCCAGAGCCGCGUCACGACGCGCUCAUCCCUGUCGAAGGCUACCAGCACUGGGCUCUCUCCAAUGGCUGGGACAGUCAGGUGUACUGCUCCAAGGAGCAGUCUCAGUCCGCCCACCUCUGGAAGUCUCCCUUCCCAGACGUGGUUCCCCUACAGCCCGAGGUGAGCAGCUACCGGCGCGGGCGCAAGAAACGUGUGCCCUACACUAAGGUGCAGCUGAAGGAGCUAGAGAAGGAGUACGCGGCCAGCAAGUUCAUCACCAAAGAGAAGCGCCGGCGCAUCUCGGCCACCACGAACCUCUCCGAGCGCCAAGUCACCAUCUGGUUCCAGAACCGGCGGGUGAAAGAGAAGAAGGUGGUCAGCAAAUCGAAAGCACCUCAUCUUCACUCCACCUGACCUGACCGCCCACCAGGCCGCCCACCCCGUCUAUUUAUGUCUCCGCUUUGUACCAUAACCGAACCCACUGAAGGACGAAGGACCUGCGCCCGGUGCAGAAAGUAUUUAAUUUUGACGAGAAAGAGGAACCGCGCGCUGGGUGGCAGAGUCUUGAGGCAGCGCUGGGCCUUACCCUACUCCCUUUCCCAUCCCCACCUCCACCCCCAUCCAGAUGGUGCCCACAGGAUUUCAGCAGCUUUGGAGGUGGGUCUGGGUGGGUUGUGGGUGGAAGGCUGUUGGCCUCUACUCCUCUUGGCCCUCGCUCCUGCUCCCGGCCUCACCAAAAAGCCGAGUGUCAGCGGAGAGCCCAGUCAUUCCAACCAAAGCUGGGUUGGGAGAUCCCGAAUGACCUUGCCCCUCUCUAUGCCCAGGAUGGUGGAUGACUUUCCUGAAGGGUGCAGCUUGGGCGCAGGAUCCGGUGAGCUCAUACUCUCCUUCCAGUACCUCCUUGUCUCCAUUCCUCCCACACUCCAUAGGCAAGAUUUUCCAGUUAUGAUUUUCUGUGCAUAUUUUUAAGUCAUGUUAAUAUUAAUGAUAAUUAUUAGGGACUUGGCAGCGUGAUUGGAGUACAGACCAUGCUUGGAGAUUGUACGUUUUCUUUCUUUUGUGUUUCAACAAAAGCUGGAGCUGGUGCAGCCCUUUGCUCAACCCUGACCCAAAAAUAAUUUCUCAAAGCUGUCUUUGCCCUUCCCUGCUCUGCAUUCUCAGUCACGUGGAAAUCCAAGAAGGACAAAAACUCCAACCACUCUGCUAAAUGCAGCUUACCUCUCCUCUCCCCUAGUGAGGCUUGUAAUUAGGCCAAGCUCAAAAGCAGAACUUUUUCUCAAGCAUAAAUUUCUCUUCCCAGGGGAUGGAGAGUAGGUGCCACAGCAGAGUUCCUCUCCAGCCACCAGUCCAUCAAACCAAUACCUUGGGAGAGGUUUCACACUUUCAUUUCUACUGAUUUCCCAAGGAAAGCUAAAGGAGCUAGCCUAGGAGGCUAAAAUAACUGGCCCCCAAUUAGCUGCCUAAAUGUAGAUGCUGCCUAACGUUACCCUCCUUGAAAGCCAACUUGGUGCUGUGGGAGUCCUCCUUACCUCCUCCC